CCUCGGGGUACGCUUCUGUCUCGCGAGGCAACCUGUACGCUCAGGCAGACCCGCGGCCUGUGCGGGCAGCCGCGGGCCGGAAGGGCCGGGAGCGGCUGACCUGGGGCGGGGCUGACGGGCGCUGGCCUCGCCGCCGCCCGAGCUACCCUUGGCGCCGCCGGCCGGGACUCCGUUUCCCAGAGGGCGCCGCGGCGGCGGACACGCCCCCUUCCGGCGGCGGCGCGCGGGGCCCGGCUCCAGCGGGUCCGGCGGGGCGGUGGGCUCGGCUGCCGGCCGCACGCCGGGCGGGGUGUGGCCGGCCGGCGGCGGGGCGUGCUCGGCGCCAACAUGCCGGGGGCGGUGAGCGCGGGGCCCCGCGGGCUGGGGUCGCCGCCGCGGCGAGGCGCCCCCCGCACCAAGCCCAGGGCGGGCCGAGGCCGGAGCGCGGGGACCCCGGUCGCCUUCGCCCGCCCCGCCCGGGGAAGGUCGCGCUCAAGAAGUGGCCCCACGUCUAAGGGCCGGCGAGGAGCGGUGACCACGGCACCUGAGGACAGAGCUCUGCCUUCCAGGGACACGGCCGCCCUCCGGGAGAGGAGGCCCAAGCAGGAGGCGGCCGGGACAGGAAUUGAACUGCGAGCCACGUCCCAGAGCCCGCUGACGUUCGGCGACGUGGCGGUGGAGUUCUCCGGGGAGGAGUGGGCCUGGCUGGACUCGUCCCAGAGGAGCCUGCACCGGAGCGUGAUGCUGGAGAACUACAGGAACCUGGCCUCGCUGGGGCUUUGCAUGUCUAAGCCCGAGAUGAUCUCGUCGUUGGAACAGAGGAAGGAGCCCUGGGCUGUGAAGAGAAAGUCGACCAGAGGCAGGUGCCCAGACUCGCAGAUUCCGCUGAAGACCCAGGAGUUGCCUUCAGAGAAGAACUUCAGUGAAGAGGCGCUGUCCCAGGAGGUGCACACGGAGAGGCCUACGGAGCGUGCCGUCCUCGGGAAAGGCUGGGCUUACGCCGCUGUGUGUGAGGGGGCGCCAGGCAUGGUGGCCGUCACGGACGUGGCCUCAGACGUCUCGCAGCAGCCAGACCCCGCUGCGGAGAGCUUCCUUAGGAGCGUGGUGUGGCAGCACCGCCAUCCGGAGACAGGAGGCCAGCCGUCUAUACAGGAGACCCAGGAGUUACUUCCAAAGCAGAGUUCCUUUGCUGAAGUGGUGACAGACAGAACUUCUGACACUAACGUAGAGCGUUCCACACUCAGCGGAAACUGGGACGCUGAGGGUCUGUUUGAAAGGAAACUGGCAGGUCAGGAGACAGUGCUCAGGCAGGAGGCAGUCGCUUACCACAAAACCCUCUCUGAGGGGAGAGAGUGUCCGUAUAACAGACCAGGAAGGUGGUUCCACUUGGACGUCUCAGAAGAGCGGGUCCACAGCCGUGACUCAGCUAAGAAAGCUUUGACCCCAAACUCAGUGCUGAUAAAACCUGCGGGAAUCUACGCAGGGAAAAAACUCUUCAGAUGUCACGAAUGCAAGAAAACCUUCACGCAGAGCUCCUCCCUCACCGUCCACCAGAGGAUCCACACGGGCGAGAAGCCCUACAAGUGUCAGGAGUGCGGCAAGGCCUUCAGCGACGGCUCGUCCUUCGCCCGCCACCAGCGGUGCCACUCGGGCAAGAAGCCCUACGAGUGCCUGGACUGCGGGAAGGCCUUCAUCCAGAACACGUCGCUCGUCCGCCACUGGAGGUACUACCACACCGGGGAAAAGCCCUUCGACUGCUUGGACUGCGGGAAAGCCUUCAGCGACCACAUCGGGCUGAACCAGCACCGGCGGAUCCACACCGGCGAGAAGCCCUACAGGUGCGAGGCCUGCGGCAAGUCCUUCCGCUACGGCUCGUCGCUGACCGUGCACCAGCGCAUCCACACUGGCGAGAAGCCCUACGCCUGCGAGGUGUGCCGCAAGGCCUUCAGCCACCACGCCUCCCUCACCCAGCACCAGCGCGUGCACUCGGGGGAGAAGCCCUUCCAGUGCAAGGAGUGCGGGAAGGCCUUCAGGCAGAACAUCCACCUGGCCAGCCACCUGCGGAUCCACACCGGGGAGAAGCCCUUCGAGUGCGCGGACUGCGGCAAGGCCUUCAGCAUCAGCUCGCAGCUGGCCACCCACCAGCGGAUCCACACGGGGGAGAAGCCCUACGCCUGCAAGGUGUGUGGCAAGGCCUUCACGCAGAAGGCCCAUCUGGCGCAGCAUCAGAAGACCCACACGGGGGAGAAGCCCUACGCCUGCAAGGAGUGCGGCAAGGCCUUCAGCCAGACCACGCACCUGGCCCAGCACCAGCGCGUCCACACCGGGGAGAAGCCCUACAAGUGCCUGCAGUGCGGGAAGGCCUUCGGCGACAACUCGUCCUGCACCCAGCACCAGAGGCUUCACACGGGCCAGCGGCCCUACGGCUGCGCGGAGUGCGGCAAGGCCUUCAAGACCAAGUCGUCCCUCAUCUGCCACCGCCGGAGCCACACCGGCGAGAAGCCCUACGAGUGCGGCGCCUGCGGCAAGGCCUUCAGCCACCGGCAGUCCCUGAGCGUCCACCAGAGGAUCCACUCCGGGAAGAAGCCCUACGAGUGCAAGGAGUGCCGGAAGACCUUCAUCCAGAUCGGCCACCUCAACCAGCACAAGAGGGUGCACUCGGGGGAGAGGCCGCGCGGCCCCAGGAGGAGCCGCAGGGCCUUCCGGCAGGGCGCUCACUGCGCGCACGCGCGGACGCUCCCGGGAGAGGCGCCCGUGCAGCCCGCGCCCGCCGCCAGCCCCGCGGGCCUCCUGCCCACGUUCCUCUGGAGCCCGCCCUCCCUGCCGUCCCUGCCGUCCUGAGACGCCGCCGCCGGCCGCGCCUAAGCCCCGCGCCCCUCGUCCCCAGGACUGCCCCGUUCCUGCCGUUCCCUCCGCAGGUUGGCAGUUAAAGUGAGCGCGGAACUCGUUACUCCUCACGGAAAAACCGGGGGUGCGACCCUUCCGAUCGGUGAGCGUGUAAGGUGUGUGUAGCGCCAGGAGUGGUCCGUACUAGGGGUUGAGUGCGGUUAGCUCUUCAUAGAACGUUAUUUUGGGACACGGAAAAGUUACCAUUGGCAGCUGAGGAAAAACGGUGCACAGAACGAAGCUAAGAGAAGCCGGCUUUUAGGUCAGGAAAGGGCGAUUCACGAUAGCGAGGCUUUUCCGGUUUCGGUUUAAAACUCAGUUCCACAAUGUUGAGUUAGUAUUGGGGCUUGUCAUUUAUCUGCCUGUGUGGUGCUGUGACGUUGGUAAGAGAAUUGCUUUAAAGUCACCAGGGCGUGUGGGUGAAUUCCAUUAAACUCAAGGAACCACUAACCUUCAGGCAAAUUGAUCUGGACCAUGUGACUCACGGCCCAAGUUUCACUGACUGUUCGAACAGCCCAUGGCCUAAUUUUUAAAAAUCAGUUUAACGGAGGAGCAAGUGAGAAGAAUAAUAGUUUAUGACAACAUGAAAGUUACAUGAAAUUUAAAUUUCAGAGUCCAUAAAUAAAGCCCGAUUGGCUCACAGCCGUGGGUGACCGCAUGGUGGGUUACCUGCUGCCUGGGGCAGCUGUGAGGCCACAGUAGCAGAGCUGAGAAGCUGCAGCAGAGACACUGUCAUCCGCAAAACCUCAAGUAUUUACUUACUGUCCUCAUGCGGCAAAAGCUGGCCAGCUCCCCCUCCGUGCAGAGAAAAAAAGCAUACAAAAGGUUCUAUUUCCCUGAGAAUAAUAGAACUCUCCCAUCAAAAACAAGAGAAACUCUAAACCAAUUUAUGAAUAGAGGUGAAAGGACAUUAUUAAAGCAUCAAACAAUAGGAAAUAUGAGAAAAUAAUGUCCACAAAAGGAGAAACACGAUAUUUUUCUAGAUGAAGUAAUACCAUUAAAAUGUAAAAUGCCAUUCACAACAGACUCCCAGUAGGAUAUGUUUGCUCUGAUAAUUUCAGUGAAAAACACUUAAGGGUGAUUUGUCAAACAUAGCAGGACAUUUAAAAAAUGUUUUGGUUUAUAAUCAGAGGCUUCCCUGGGUGUAAAGAAUCCACCUGCCAGUGCCGGAUGCAGGUUCAAACCCUGAGUGGGAAAGAUCCCCUGGAGAAGGAAAUGGCAAACCCGCUCCAGUAUCCUUGCCUGGAGAAUCCCACGGACAGAGGAGCCUGGCUGUCCCAAGAAGUCAUGGGGUCCCAGAGAGUCAAAUGCAAGUUAGUAACUAAACAACAACCUAUAAUUAAGAUUAGGUUUUCAUCAUUGGGGAAAUGAUGUUUUAACAAUCAGUUGUCCACUCUCCAAAAAAACAUACCUAGACCUUACAAAGAAAUAUGAGAUAAUUGUAUUUAGCAGCUCUAAUUAUGAAAUAAAUGGCAACCCACUCCAGUAUUCUUGCCUGGAGAAUCCCAUGGACAGAGGAGCCUGGCAGGCUAUAGUCCAUGGGCUCUCAAGAGUCAAACACGACUAAAUCAACUUUGGCAUGGCAGAAGGUGCCAAAAAGAUGUAAUAGACAACUGGCAGAAAAUAAUGCGUACUAAUAAAUGUGUCAUUUAAAAACAGGGUGCUGUGACACAUACAAAGCAGGGAAAUAGGUGGUGCAUGCCAACAGAUGCGUCAUGCUCGAAGAACUCGAAUAAAGAACACAUGUUGGGUUCUUAACCCCAUUGGUCAGAAAAUUACAGAUUUAGUACAAAUCUUGGCUCUCAGAUGGGUUAAAAUCUUACCUGGUUAAUAUGCCAUACCUUUAUCAGUGUGGAAAACAGGAGGCUGGUCAUCAUUACCCGUGUCAAUGUGUCUGCUCUGUUUUGGGGUGGCAAUGUGGCAUGACCUGUCCACUUUAUAAACAUGAGUUCCUUUUGAAACAGUAACUCUAGAUCUAGGAGUUUCAUCCCACUGGAAUAAAUAUAUAAGUAUAAAUAAUGUUUAUUGCAAAGUUGUUUUAAUUACAACACAGAUUGAUGCAACUGUGAUUAUUCAAUACAGUAUUGUCCAGUUAGUAGAAAGAUGAAAUUCUAUAUUUGCUCCUAUGGAGUAUUGUCGUACACAAUUAUAUUAAAUGAAAUAUGUGAUUUGCAGAA